UAAUAUGUAUAACAUUUCAUGAAACUAUGCGUGUGCACACAAGCUGACUCGAACACGAUAAUUAAUAAAAGAAAAGAAAAAUAAAAAUCUUUCUUCCUAUAAUUCCUUGAUAUGUGUACCCAAAUAUGCAAUUGUCACAAAAGAGUUAUAGCAAUUUGCAAAAGGCCAAAGCCCAAAGCCACAUGUUGUUUUCUUGAUAAACCACACCUCACCAAAAAUCCACUACUCAACCUAUGAUCAAUUUUGUCAAAGAAAAACCACUUCUCACUCAUCAUUUUCUUUUGAUUCUCUUAAAUGGCUCUCUUUUCUUGAACAUAUUUUGCUUUAAAACCAAUUAAUUCACAUUAUAAUUUGAGUUUUUGAUCUAUACCCAUAUUUUAUUUUACAUUUUUCUAUAUUGGGUUUGUAUCAAGAUUGGAUUUUUUUUCACAAAAAAUCUGAUCUUUAAUGUAUUAAAAUCAAGAAUUUGAGUUUUUUCUUUGCGGGGUUGUAAAAAGAUUGGAUUUUUCAGAAAAAAAAACCGAUCUUUAAUUUAUUAGAAAUCAAGAAUCUGAGUUUUUGAGCUUUACCCAUAUUUUAUUAUACAAAUUUCUAUAUUGGGUUGGAAAAAGAUUGGAUUUUUCAGGAAAAAAAUCUGAUCUUCAAUUUAUUUUAAUCAAGAAUUUGAGUUUUUGAGCUUCACCCAUAUUUUAUUAUACUUAUAUCUAUAUUGGGUUGUAUAAAGAUUAGAUUUUUCAUUAUGAAAAUCUGAUCUUUAGUUUAUUGGUAAUCAAGAAUUUGAGUUUUUGAGCUUUACCAUAUUUUAUUAUACAUAUUUCUAUAUUGGGUUGCAAAAAGAUUGGAUUUUUUUCAUAAAAAAAAUCUGAUCUUUAAUUUAUUGGAAAUCAAGAAUUUGAGUUUUUUUUUGGUUACAAUGGCUGAUGUUGCAAAAGGUUGUGAUGAAAUAGCUGUUACUGAGGUUGUUGUGCCAAACGUGAAGUCUGAUACUGUUGUAGAUAAUGGUGUUAAAGAAGAAUCUGAUUUAGUGUCAAAUGGAAAAAUGCAAGAUAUUGUUGUUCACAUGUUUAAUAAUCUGAAACUGAAUCCAAUGGCUAAGGAAUUUGUUCCUGCUUCAUAUAAUUUUGUGACAGAUGAUAAGACUAUGGGAGGAGGUGGUUUCAGAAAUAAUAGAAGGAGAGGAAACAACUUUAACCAGGGCAGAAGGAGAAUGCAUGGUAGAUCUUUUAGAGCUCAAAGAGAAGAUAGCAUUAGGCGAACAGUCUAUGUUUCUGACCUUGAUGUCAAUAUCACGGAAGAGCAGCUUGCCGCGCUAUUUAGUGCCUAUGGACAAGUUGUUGACUGCCGAGUUUGUGGUGAUCCACACUCCCGCCUUCGCUUUGCUUUUGUUGAGUUCGCUGAUGAAUAUUCUGCAAAAGCCGCACUUGGACUUUGUGGGACAAUUUUAGGUUUCUCCCAACUCAAGGUUUUACCUUCAAAAACCGCUAUACUACCCGUGAAUCCUACAUUCCUUCCAAGGUCAGAGAAUGAGCGUGAGAUGUGCGCGAGGACAGUCUAUUGUACAAAUAUUGAUAAGAUGGUAACUCAAGCUGACGUCAAAGUCUUUUUCGAGACAAGAUGCGGGGAGGUUUCUCGUCUGAGGCUUUUGGGGGAUCAAGCGCACUCUACCCGUAUCGGUUUUGUUGAAUUUGUUAUGGCUGAGAGUGCAAUUUUGGCGUUGGAUCUUUGUGGUGAGAUGUUGGGCUCCCAACCUAUCAGGGUGAGUCCUUCGAAGACACCGGUGAGGCCACGAGUGUCCGGCCCAGCAAUGCAUUAGUCGAUGCUCGGUUACUUUGAGGUCUUGGUAGAGAACACGAGUUUCCGGCCCUGCAAUGCAUUAGUCGAUGCUCGGUUACUUUGAGGUCUUGAUAGAGAACAGCGUAAGCGUAAGCUCUUUUCGAACGCAAAACAAAUAUGUUUCUGUAAUUUCCUUCUUCCAACUUUACCUUGCCAAUAGUACUUUUUCGUCGCUGUUGGACAUGUCUAUUGACCUUUGCUAUUUCUAAGUGUGUUAAUGGUAAUGUCCCUACAUUUACUACAGUUAGCUUGAUUAAACAUGGAUCGUUCUGAAUCUUUCAUCGAUAAUUGAGAAAUUCUCGAGGGCCGCUGGCUUGAUACUCUCUGAA